AAGAACUCCACAGCCCUAGCCCAAACUCUGCCAUUCUCCAUAGCCCGGAGUUACAAGCACACUGAGGAAAGAAAAUAGCACGAAAGUGAGAGGAAGAGAGAGAGAGAGAGAAAGAGACAAGCAACUGACAAAACAAGAAAAUUAUAAAGCGAGUUUUCAAGCCUCGAGAAAGAGUGAGAGUACACGAAUACGUCAAAGUUUAGUUUGAAAAAAGCUGGUGGAAAACUUUUCUGGGCUGUGGCAGAAAGUUGUGGACCGCGGAGGAUGCCAGAGCAAAUGUGUUGAAAGCACCAGGAAAGAAUAAGUGCUGACACGGUCCACACUAGGGGACAGGUGAAGAAGCAACACAUUUAAAGAUGGCUGACGAGCAGGACACAAGGGAAGUGCUUUUCCCACAGUGGAUGGGCGCUGAUAAGCAUGGGCUCACCAUAGAACAAAAAGGUCAAGGAGAGAUUUUUGUCAAAGAGGUGAAAGAAGAGUCCCCUGCUGCUCAUACUGGGAAAGUACAUGAAGGUGACCAAAUUGUUGGGGCCACCAUUUACUUUGACAACAUGAGCUCAGAAGAAACAGCUGAGCUUCUGAAGACUCUAAACCGACAUAAGGUUGGACUAAAAUUGCAAAACAAGACUGGAGACAAGUCACCUUGCCGCUCUCCAAUGGGGACAUUGUCCUGGGAAGGACGUGGAGGGUUAGGAGGCUCUAGUUCAGACAUUCUCCUGAGUGGAGAUGACGAAGACUACAAAAGAAUCUACACUAAGAAGAUUAAACCAAGACUGAAGUCUGAGGAUCUUGCUGAGGGUGUUGAUGUGCGCACAGAACGCCACAGCAGCACAAGUAGUGAUGGUUGCACCGUUACUACAAUCACUCGGAGAAUAACUACCUACACUGUGGACAUGCCGGGGGGGACUAGUCAGCAGAUUGAUUACUCAAGCCCUGAGUUCAAAAUGCAAGUCUUGCAGCAUGAGCAGUCGGAGGGGGAUUCUUCUCAAAUCAGAUUACCACAUAGUAGCUUUGUUAGCAGUGCACACGGAGGUAUAAAAAUGGGUGACACAUCUCUUGGUGGGCCCCAUAUCACUGGCUCCUCUGUGAAGCACUGUAGCACAGGAUCUAUCACAGCAACAAGUGAAUUAGAUGGUAGUGGGAGAGAGAUUACAAUUAAUGUGUCAGACACUGGACUGUCAGGGGGAAAAGAACAGAGGGUGAUAGAACGUUUUGGAAGGACUGAAAUUUCUACAGGCAGGAGUGAUCUCUCUGGCAAAGUAACCAUGGGGUUAGACAAAGAUGUGGGAAAUGUUUCUUCUCCAAUGGAAGCUGGUUCUAAAGCAUCAAGUAAGAUAAAAGAAACUGGGUUUGCUACAGUUAAGGGCCCUGUUCUGGACACUUGUGUUUCAGGGUUUUCCAUUAGUGGAGAUACAGGGGGCAGUAUUGGCACAGAAUCUUUGUCUGAAGCCCUUAAUGAUGGGUCUGAUGAUAAAACUAAAUUGUCUAAAUUUACCAUAGAUGUUCAAAGGCCCAAGGUAAAUAUUAAACAUCCUAAAGCUGAAAUCAGCCAGGGUUCAGAUUUUUCCAUCCCAGAUGUUGAAGGUAAAGUCAAGUUAGCAAAAGUGGAAACUAGUGGAUCAGUUGUUCAUGCGGAGGAAAUUGGUGGUGAACUCAUGAUACCCCAUGUGAAAGAUCCAAAAUUUGGAACUAAACAGUUUACUGUAGAAGGUCCUAAUGUAGAAGUGAUUUAUAACAAUCAAAAUCUUAAAGAUGUUAGUCAAAGAGGUUUUAGCAUAACUGGCAAUCAGGAUCUGUCAGCUUCAUCGUUUAGAGUGAAAGGCACUAAUUUGGAGGGCUCCAAUUUGGGUACUGAUGUAAAACUGCCAUCAUUUGGACUUGAAGGUCCAAAGUUUCAGGUACCUGAUACAGUAGGAAGUCUCCCUGAAGCUAAUGUUAAAGUUACACACUCAGACAUCAGGGGUCCAGAGCUUCACACUGAAGGACAUGAGAUUAAAGUCAAAGAUGCCAAAUUUAACAUGCCAUCAAUCUCUGGUCAGGGAACGUAUAUGCCACAUGUGGACUUAAACCUGAAAGGACAAAAAGUGAAAGGAGAUGUUAACGUGUCCAUUCCAAAAGUUGAAGGGAAUGUUACGUCACCAAAAGUUGAAAUCAAAGAAUCAGAUCUUGAGGGUAAUAAGGGUGAAUUUACUGUUUCAAAGAUAAAAAUGCCCUCAUUUGGAAUGAAAUUUUCAGAAGAGAAGGGUGUGGAUAUCAAGACUCCAGAGUUUAACAUUGAGGGAUCUGAUGGAAAAGUUAAAGACAGCAGUGUCAAGAUAACAUCAAUCUCUGGUCCAAAGAUUACUGUACCUGAUGUGGACUUAAACUUGAAAGGGCCAACACUGAAAGGUGAUGUCAACAUGUCCACUCCAAAAGUGAAAGGAGACAUUACAACACCGAAAGUUGAAGUUGAAGGCCCUGGCAUUGAGGAUUUUGAGGGUGGUUUUAAGCUACCAAAAAUCAAGAUGCCCUCCUUUGGAAUCAAAGGUCCAAAAGUAGAGGCCCCUGAUGUUGACAUAAAUCUUCCCAAAGCCGAUAUUGAGGUUAAGGCCCCAGAUGUGGAUAUUAAAGCUUCAGAGCUUGACACUGAAGGACCUGAGGGAAAGAUCAAGGGCCCCAAGUUCAAGAUGCCAUCAAUCUCCGGUCCAAAGGUUUCUAUGCCAGAUGUGGACUUCAACAUGAAAGGCCCAAAACUUAAAGGUGAUGUUGAUGUGUCCGUUUCAAAAGUGGAAGGAGAUAUUAAAGCAACAAAAGUAGAAAUUGAAGGCCCAGAACUUGAGGGUCCUGAAGGUGGUUUUAAAAUCCCAAAGAUCAAAAUGCCAUCAUUCGGAAUCAAGGGUCCAAAAAUGGAGAGUCCAAAUGUUGAUGUGAAAAUACCUAAAGCCGAUAUUGAGGUUAAAGCACCAGAUGUGGAUAUUAAAGCUCCAGAGCUUAACAUCGAAGGACCUGAGGGAAAAAUCAAGGGCUCCAAAUUCAAGAUGCCAUCAAUCUCUGGUCCACAAAUUUCUAUGCCAGAUAUGGACUUCAACCUGAAAGGCCCAAAACUUAAAGGUGAUGUUGAUGUGUCCGUUUCAAAAGUGGAAGGAGAUAUUAAAGCACCAAAAGUAGAAAUUGAAGGCCCAGACCUACAGGGUCCUGAGGGUGGUUUUAAGAUGCCAAAGAUGAAAAUGCCAUCAUUCGGAUUCAAGGGUCCAAAAAUGGAGGGUCCAGAUGUUGAUGUGAAACUCCAUAAAGCCGAUAUUGAGGUUAAGGCACCAGAUGUGGAUAUCAAAGCCUCAGAGCUGGACAUUGAAGGACCUGACGGAAAAAUCAAGGGCUCCAAAUUCAAGAUGCCAUCAAUCUCUGGUCCAAAGAUUUCUAUGCCAGAUGUUGACUUCAACCUGAAAGGACCAAAAUUGAAAGGUGAUGUUGAUGUGUCCAUUCCUAAAGUGGAAGGAGAUAUUAAAGCACCAAAAGUUGAAAUUGAAGGCCCAGACCUUGAGGGUCCUGAGGGUGGUUUUAAGAUGCCAAAGAUCAAAAUGCCAUCGUUUGGAUUUAAAGGUCCUAAAAUGGAGGGCCCAGAUGUUGACAUCGAUCUCCCAAAAGCAGAUGUUGAUGUUAAAGGACCUGAAAUUGACAUCAAAGCUCCUGAUCUUGACAUUGAGGGACCUGAGGGGAAAAUCAAAGGUCCCAAGUUCAAAAUGCCUUCCAUAUCUGGUCCAAAGAUCUCAAUGCCAGAUGUUGACUUCAACCUGAAAGGUCCCAAACUGAAAGGCGAUGUUGAUGUGUCCAUUCCUAAAGUGGAAGGAGAAAUUAAAGCACCAAAAGUUGAAAUUGAAGGCCCAGACCUCGAGGGUCCUGAGGGUGGUUUUAAGAUGCCAAAGAUCAAAAUGCCAUCAUUUGGAUUCAAGGGUCCCAAAGUGGAGGGUCCAGAUGUUGAUGUGAAAAUUCCUAAAGGAGAUAUUGAAGUUAAGGCACCAGAUGUGGAUAUUAAUGCUCCAGAGCUUGACAUUGAAGGACCUGAAGGAAAGAUCAAGGGCCCCAAAUUCAAGAUGCCAUCAAUCUCUGGUCCAAAAAUUUCCAUGCCAGAUGUUGACUUCAACCACAAAGGGCCAAAACUGAAAGGUGAUGUUGGUGUAUCAGUUCCAAAAGUUAAAGGAGACAUUAAAGCAUCAGAAGUAGAUAUCAAGGGCCCUGAGCUUGACAUUGAGGGACCUGAGGGAAAAAUCAAGGGCCCCAAAUUAAAGAUGCCAUCUAUCUCUGGUCCAAAGAUUUCUAUGCCAGAUGUUGACUUCAACCUGAAAGGACCAAAAUUGAAAGGUGAUGUUGAUGUGUCCAUUCCUAAAGUGGAAGGAGAUAUUAAAGCACCAAAAGUUGAAAUUGAAGGCCCAGACCUUGAGGGUCAUGAGGGUGGUUUUAAGAUGCCAAAGAUCAAAAUGCCAUCGUUUGGAUUUAAAGGUCCUAAAAUGGAGGGCCCAGAUGUUGACAUUGAUCUCCCAAAAGGAGAUGUUGAUGUUAAAGGACCUGAAAUUGACAUCAAAGCUCCUGAUCUUGACAUUGAGGGACCUGAGGGGAAAAUCAAAGGUCCCAAGUUCAAAAUGCCUUCCAUAUCUGGUCCAAAGAUCUCAAUGCCAGAUGUUGACUUCAACCUGAAAGGCCCCAAACUGAAAGGCGAUGUUGAUGUGUCAAUUCCAAAAGUGGAAGGAGAAAUUAAAGCACCAAAAGUUGAAAUUGAAGGCCCAGAUCUUGAGGGUCCUGAGGGUGGUUUUAAGAUGCCAAAGAUCAAAAUGCCAUCAUUUGGACUUAAAGGUCCUAAAAUGGAGGGCCCAGAUGUUGACAUCAAUCUCCCAAAAGCAGAUGUUGAUGUUAAAGGACCUGAAAUUGACAUCAAAGCUCCUGAUCUUGACAUUGAAGGACCUGAGGGCAAAAUCAAAGGUCCCAAGUUCAAAAUGCCUUCCAUAUCUGGUCCAAAGAUCUCUAUGCCAGAUGUUGACUUCAACCUGAAAGGUCCCAAACUCAAAGGUGAUGUUGAUGUUUCCAUUCCCAAAUUGGAAGGAGAUAUUAAAGCACCAAAAGUGGAAAUUGAAGGCCCAGACCUUGAGGGCCCUGAGGGUGGUUUUAAGAUGCCGAAGUUCAAAAUGCCAUCAUUCGGACUCAAGGGUCCAAAAGUGGAAGGUCCAGAUGUUGAUGUGAAAAUCCCUAAAGGUGAUGUUGAGGUUAAGGCACCAGAUGUGGAUAUUAAAGCUCCAGAGCUUGACAUCGAAGGACCUGAGGGAAAAAUCAAGGGCCCCAAAUUCAAGAUGCCAUCUCUCUCUGGCCCAAAGAUUUCUAUGCCAGAUGUUGACUUCAACCUGAAAGGUCCAAAACUCAAGGGUGAUGUUGAUGUAUCUGUUCCAAAAGUGGAAGGAGAUAUUAAAGCACCAAAAGUGGAAAUUGAAGGCCCAGACCUUGAGGGUCCUGAGGGUGGUUUUAAGAUGCCAAAGAUCAAAAUGCCAUCAUUUGGACUCAAAGGUCCAAAAGUGGAGGGUCCAGAUGUUGACAUCAAUCUCCCCAAAGCGGAUGUUAAAGGACCUGAAAUUGACAUCAAAACUCCUGAUCUUGACAUUGAAGGACCUGAUGGGAAAAUCAAGGGCUCUAAAUUCAAGAUGCCAUCUAUCUCCGGUCCAAAGAUCUCUAUGCCAGAUGUUGACUUCAACCUGAAAGGUCCAAAACUAAAAGGUGAUGUUGAUGUGUCCAUUCCAAAAGUUAAAGGAGAUAUUAAAGCACCAAAAGUGGAAGUUGAAGGCCCAGACCUUGAGGGACCUGAGGGGAAAAUCAAAGGCUCCAAAUUCAAGAUGCCAUCUAUCUCUGGUCCAAAGAUCUCUAUGCCAGAUGUUGACUUCAACCUGAAAGGUCCAAAACUAAAAGGUGAUGUUGAUGUGUCCGUUCCUAAAGUUAAAGGAGAGAUUAAAGCACCAGAAGUAGAUAUCAAGGGCCCAGAGCUUGAUAUUGAGGGACCUGAGGGAAAAAUCAAGGGCUCUAAAUUCAAGAUGCCAUCUAUCUCUGGUCCAAAGAUUUCUAUGCCAGAUGUUGACUUCAACCUGAAAGGUCCAAAACUCAAGGGUGAUGUUGAUGUAUCUGUUCCAAAAGUGGAAGGAGAUAUUAAAGCACCAAAUGUGGAAAUUGAAGGCCCAGACCUUGAGGGUCCUGAGGGUGGUUUUAAGAUGCCAAAGAUCAAAAUGCCAUCAUUUGGACUUAAAGGUCCUAAAGUGGAAGGCCCAGAUGUUGACAUCAGUCUCCCAAAAGCAGAUGUUAAAGGACCUGAAAUUGACAUAAAAACUCCUGAUCUUGACAUUGAAGGACCUGAUGGGAAAAUCAAAGGUCCCAAGUUCAAAAUGCCUUCCAUAUCUGGUCCAAAGAUCUCUAUGCCAGAUGUUGACUUCAACCUGAAAGGUCCAAAACUCAAAGGUGAUGUGUCCAUUCCAAAAGUUGAAGGAGAUAUUAAAGCACCAAAAGUGGAAAUUGAAGGCCCAGACCUUGAGGGACCUGAGGGGAAAAUCAAAGGUCCCAAGUUCAAAAUGCCUUCCAUAUCUGGUCCAAAGAUCUCUAUGCCAGAUGUUGACUUCAACCUGAAAGGUCCAAAACUGAAAGGUGAUGUUGAUGUGUCCGUUCCAAAAGUGGAAGGAGAUAUUAAAGCACCAAAAGUGGAAAUUGAAGGCCCAGACCUUGAGGGCCCUGAAGGUGGUUUUAAGAUGCCGAAGAUCAAAAUGCCAUCAUUUGGACUCAAGGGUCCAAAAGUGGAGGGUCCAGAUGUUGAUGUGAAAAUCCCUAAAGCUGAUAUUGAGGUUAAGGCACCUGAUGUGGAUAUUAAAGCUCCAGAGCUUAACAUUGAAGGACCUGAGGGAAAAAUCAAGGGCCCCAAAUUCAAGAUGCCAUCUAUCUCUGGCCCAAAGGUUUCUAUGCCAGAUGUUGACUUCAACCUGAAAGGUCCAAAACUGAAAGGUGAUGUUGAUGUGUCUGUUCCAAAAGUUAAAGGAGACAUUAAAGGACCAGAAGUAGAUAUCAAGGGCCCAGAGCUUGACAUUGAUGGACCAGAGGGAAAAAUCAAGGGAUCCAAAUUCAAAAUGCCAUCUAUCUCUGGUCCAAAGAUUUCUAUGCCAGAUGUUGACUUCAACCUGAAAGGUCCAAAACUGAAAGGUGAUGUUGAUGUGUCUGUUCCUAAAAUGGAAGGAGAUAUUAAAGGACCGAAAGUGGAAAUUGAAGGCCCAGACCUUGAGGGUCCUGAGGGUGGUUUUAAGAUGCCAAAGUUCAAAAUGCCAUCUUUUGGACUGAAGGGUCCAAAAGUGGAAGGCCCAGAUGUUGACAUAAAUCUCCCAAAAGCCGAUGUUGAUGUUAAAGGACCUGAAAUUGACAUCAAAACUCCUGAUCUUGACAUUGAGGGGCCUGAGGGGAAAAUCAAGGGUCCCAAGUUCAAAAUGCCUUCCAUAUCUGGUCCAAAGAUCUCUAUGCCAGAUGUUGACUUCAACCUGAAAGGUCCCAAACUCAAAGGUGAUGUUGAUGUUUCCGUUCCCAAAUUGGAAGGAGAUAUUAAAGCACCAAAAGUGGAAAUUGAAGGCCCAGACCUUGAGGGACCUGAGGGGAAAAUCAAGGGCUCCAAAUUCAAGAUGCCAUCUAUCUCUGGUCCAAAGAUUUCUAUGCCAGAUGUUGACUUUAACCUGAAAGGUCCCAAAAUCAAAGGUGAUGUUGACGUGUCCGUUCCAAAAGUGGAAGGAGAUAUUAAAGCACCAAAAGUGGAAAUUGAAGGCCCAGACCUUGAGGGCCCUGAAGGUGGUUUUAAGAUGCCGAAGUUCAAAAUGCCAUCAUUCGGAUUCAAGGGUCCAAAAGUGGAGGGUCCAGAUGUUGAUGUGAAAAUCCCUAAAGCUGAUAUUGACGUUAAGGCACCUGAUGUGGAUAUUAAAGCUCCAGAGCUUGACAUUGAAGGACCUGAGGGAAAAAUCAAGGGCCCCAAAUUCAAGAUGCCAUCUCUCUCUGGCCCAAAGAUUUCAAUGCCAGAUGUUGACUUUAACCUGAAAAGUCCAAAACUGAAAGGUGAUGUUGAUGUGUCUGUUCCUAAAAUGGAAGGAGAUAUUAAAGGACCGAAAGUUGAAAUUGAAGGCCCAGACCUUGAGGGUCCUGAGGGUGGUUUUAAGAUGCCAAAGAUCAAAAUGCCAUCAUUUGGACUUAAAGGUCCCAAAAUGGAGGGCCCAGAUGUUGACAUCAAUCUCCCAAAAGCGGAUAUUAAAGGACCUGAAAUUGACAUCAAAACUCCUGAUCUUGACAUUGAAGGACCUGAUGGGAAAAUCAAAGGUCCCAAGUUCAAAAUGCCUUCCAUAUCUGGUCCAAAGAUCUCUAUGCCAGAUGUUGACUUCAACCUAAAAGGUCCCAAACUCAAAGGUGAUGUUGAUGUUUCCGUUCCCAAAUUGGAAGGAGAUAUUAAAGCACCAAAAGUGGAAAUUGAAGGCCCAGACCUUGAGGGACCUGAGGGGAAAAUCAAGGGCUCCAAAUUCAAGAUGCCAUCCAUCUCUGGUCCAAAGAUUUCUAUGCCAGAUGUUGACUUCAACUUGAAAGGUCCAAAACUAAAAGGUGAUGUUGAUGUGUCCGUUCAUAAAGUUAAAGGAGACAUUAACGCACCAGAAGUAGAUAUCAAGGGCCCAGAGCUUGAUAUUGAGGGACCUGAGGGAAAAAUCAAGGGCUCUAAAUUCAAGAUGCCAUCUAUCUCUGGUCCAAAGAUUUCUAUGCCAGAUGUUGAUUUCAACCUGAAAGGUCCAAAACUCAAGGGUGAUGUUGAUGUGUCUGUUCCAAAAGUGGAAGGAGAUAUUAAAGCACCAAAAGUGGAAAUUGAAGGCCCUGACCUUGAGGGUCCUGAGGGUGGUUUUAAGAUGCCAAAGAUCAAAAUGCCAUCAUUUGGACUCAAAGGUCCAAAAGUGGAAGGUCCAGACGUUGACAUCAAUCUCCCCAAAACAAAUGUUAAAGGACCUGAAAUUGACAUCAAAACUCCUGAUCUUGACAUUGAAGGACCUGAGGGGAAAAUCAAAGGUCCCAAGUUCAAAAUGCCUUCCAUAUCUGGUCCAAAGAUCUCAAUGCCAGAUGUUGACUUCAACCUGAAAGGUCCCAAACUCAAAGGUGAUGUGUCCAUUCCAAAAGUUGAAGGAGAUAUUAAAGCACCAAAAGUGGAAAUUGAAGGCCCAGACCUUGAGGGACCUGAGGGGAAAAUCAAGGGCUCCAAAUUCAAGAUGCCAUCUAUCUCCGGUCCAAAGAUCUCUAUGCCAGAUGUUGACUUCAACCUGAAAGGUCCAAAACUGAAAGGUGAUGUUGAUGUGUCCGUUCCAAAAGUGGAAGGAGAUAUUAAAGCACCGAAAGUGGAAAUUGAAGGCCCAGACCUUGAGGGUCCUGAGGGUGGUUUUAAGAUGCCGAAGUUCAAAAUGCCAUCAUUUGGACUCAAGGGUCCAAAAGUGGAGGGUCCAGAUGUUGAUGUGAAAAUCCCUAAAGCUGAUAUUGAAGUUAAGGCACCUGAUGUGGAUAUUAAAGCUCCAGAGCUUGACAUCGAAGGACCUGAGGGAAAAAUCAAGGGCCCCAAAUUCAAGAUGCCAUCUAUCUCUGGCCCAAAGGUUUCUAUGCCAGAUGUUGACUUCAACCUGAAAGGUCCUAAAUUCAAGGGUGAUGUUGAUGUGUCUGUUCCAAAAGUGGAAGGAGAUAUUAAAGCACCAAAAGUGGAAAUUGAAGGCCCAGACCUUGAGGGUCCUGAGGGUGGUUUUAAGAUGCCAAAGUUCAAAAUGCCAUCUUUUGGAAUGAAGGGUCCAAAAGUGGAAGGCCCAGAUGUUGACAUAAAUCUCCCAAAAGCUGACAUUGAUGUUAAAGGACCUGGAAUUGACAUCAAAACUCCUGAUCUUGACUUUGAGGGUCCUGAGGGGAAAAUCAAAGGUCCCAAGUUCAAAAUGCCUUCCAUGUCUGGUCCAAAGAUCUCUAUGCCAGAUGUUGACUUCAACCUGAAAGGUCCAAAACUGAAAGGUGAUGUUGAUGUGUCUGUUCCAAAAGUGGAAGGAGAUAUUAAAGCACCAAAAGUGGAAAUUGAAGGCCCAGACCUUGAGGGUCCUGAGGGUGGUUUUAAGAUGCCAAAGUUCAAAAUGCCAUCUUUUGGAAUGAAGGGUCCAAAAGUGGAAGGCCCAGAUGUUGACAUAAAUCUCCCAAAAGCCGACAUUGAUGUUAAAGGACCUGGAAUUGACAUCAAAACUCCUGAUCUUGACAUUGAGGGGCCUGAGGGGAAAAUCAAAGGUCCCAAGUUCAAAAUGCCUUCCAUGUCUGGUCCAAAGAUCUCUAUGCCAGAUGUUGACUUCAACCUGAAAGGUCCAAAACUGAAAGGUGAUGUUGAUGUGUCUGUUCCAAAAGUGGAAGGAGAUAUUAAAGCACCAAAAGUGGAAAUUGAAGGCCCAGACCUUGAGGGUCCUGAGGGUGGUUUUAAGAUGCCAAAGUUCAAAAUGCCAUCUUUUGGAAUGAAGGGUCCAAAAGUGGGGCCAGACGUUGACAUAAAUCUCCCAAAAGCUGACAUUGAUGUUAAAGGACCUGGAAUUGACAUCACAACUCCUGAUCUUGACAUUGAGGGGCCUGAGGGGAAAAUCAAAGGUCCCAAGUUCAAAAUGCCUUCCAUGUCUGGUCCAAAGAUCUCUAUGCCAGAUGUUGACUUCAACCUGAAAGGUCCAAAACUGAAAGGUGAUGUUGAUGUGUCUGUUCCAAAAGUGGAAGGAGAUAUUAAAGCACCAAAAGUGGAAAUUGAAGGCCCAGACCUUGAGGGUCCUGAGGGUGGUUUUAAGAUGCCAAAGUUCAAAAUGCCAUCUUUUGGAAUGAAGGGUCCAAAAGUGGAAGGCCCAGACGUUGACAUAAAUCUCCCAAAAGCUGACAUUGAUGUUAAAGGACCUGGAAUUGACAUCACAACUCCUGAUCUUGACAUUGAGGGGCCUGAGGGGAAAAUCAAAGGUCCCAAGUUCAAAAUGCCUUCCAUGUCUGGUCCAAAGAUCUCUAUGCCAGAUGUUGACUUCAACCUGAAAGGUCCAAAACUGAAAGGUGAUGUUGAUGUGUCUGUUCCAAAAGUGGAAGGAGAUAUUAAAGCACCAAAAGUGGAAAUUGAAGGCCCAGACCUUGAGGGUCCUGAGGGUGGUUUUAAGAUGCCAAAGUUCAAAAUGCCAUCUUUUGGAAUGAAGGGUCCAAAAGUGGAAGGCCCAGAUGUUGACAUAAAUCUCCCAAAAGCCGACAUUGAUGUUAAAGGACCUGGAAUUGACAUCAAAACUCCUGAUCUUGACAUUGAGGGGCCUGAGGGGAAAAUCAAAGGUCCCAAGUUCAAAAUGCCUUCCAUGUCUGGUCCAAAGAUCUCUAUGCCAGAUGUUGACUUCAACCUGAAAGGUCCAAAACUGAAAGGUGAUGUUGAUGUGUCUGUUCCAAAAGUGGAAGGAGAUAUUAAAGCACCAAAAGUGGAAAUUGAAGGCCCAGACCUUGAGGGUCCUGAGGGUGGUUUUAAGAUGCCAAAGUUCAAAAUGCCAUCUUUUGGAAUGAAGGGUCCAAAAGUGGAAGGCCCAGACGUUGACAUAAAUCUCCCAAAAGCUGACAUUGAUGUUAAAGGACCUGGAAUUGACAUCAAAACUCCUGAUCUUGACAUUGAGGGGCCUGAGGGGAAAAUCAAAGGUCCCAAGUUCAAAAUGCCUUCCAUGUCUGGUCCAAAGAUCUCUAUGCCAGAUGUUGACUUCAACCUGAAAGGUCCAAAACUGAAAGGUGAUGUUGAUGUGUCUGUUCCAAAAGUGGAAGGAGAUAUUAAAGCACCAAAAGUGGAAAUUGAAGGCCCAGACCUUGAGGGUCCUGAGGGUGGUUUUAAGAUGCCAAAGUUCAAAAUGCCAUCUUUUGGAAUGAAGGGUCCAAAAGUGGAAGGCCCAGACGUUGACAUAAAUCUCCCAAAAGCUGACAUUGAUGUUAAAGGACCUGGAAUUGACAUCAAAACUCCUGAUCUUGACAUUGAGGGGCCUGAGGGGAAAAUCAAAGGUCCCAAGUUCAAAAUGCCUUCCAUGUCUGGUCCAAAGAUCUCUAUGCCAGAUGUUGACUUCAACCUGAAAGGUCCAAAACUGAAAGGUGAUGUUGAUGUGUCUGUUCCAAAAGUGGAAGGAGAUAUUAAAGCACCAAAAGUGGAAAUUGAAGGCCCAGACCUUGAGGGUCCUGAGGGUGGUUUUAAGAUGCCAAAGUUCAAAAUGCCAUCUUUUGGAAUGAAGGGUCCAAAAGUGGAAGGCCCAGAUGUUGACAUAAAUCUCCCAAAAGCCGACAUUGAUGUUAAAGGACCUGGAAUUGACAUCAAAACUCCUGAUCUUGACAUUGAGGGGCCUGAGGGGAAAAUCAAAGGUCCCAAGUUCAAAAUGCCUUCCAUGUCUGGUCCAAAGAUCUCUAUGCCAGAUGUUGACUUCAACCUGAAAGGUCCAAAACUGAAAGGUGAUGUUGAUGUGUCUGUUCCAAAAGUUAAAGGAGACAUUAAAGGACCAGAAGUUGAUAUCAAGGGCCCAGAACUUGACAUUGAGGGUCCAGAGGGAAAAAUCAAGGGAUCCAAAUUCAAGAUGCCAUCUAUCUCCGGUCCAAAGAUUUCUAUGCCUGAUGUUGACUUCAACCUGAAAGGUCCCAAACUCAAGGGUGAUGUUGAUGUGUCUAUUCCAAAAGUUGAAGGAGAUAUUAAAGGGCCGAAUGUUGAAAUUGAAGGCCCAGACCUUGAGGGUCCUGAGGGUGGUUUUAAGAUGCCAAAGAUCAAAAUGCCAUCAUUUGGAUUCAAAGGUCCAAAAGUGGAGGGUCCAGAUGUUGACAUCAAUCUCCCCAAAGCAGAUGUUGAUGUUAAAGGACCUGAAAUUGACAUCAAAACUCCUGAUCUUGACAUUGAAGGACCUGAAGGGAAAAUUAAAGGUCCCAAGUUCAAAAUGCCUUCCAUAUCUGGUCCAAAAAUCUCUAUGCCAGAUGUUGACUUCAACCUGAAAGGUCCAAAACUCAAAGGUGAUGUUGAUGUGUCUGUUCCAAAAGUUGAAGGAGAAUUUAAAACGCCUGAUGUGGAUAUCAAGGGUCCAGAGCUUGAUCUUGGGGGACCUGAUGGAAAAAUCAAGGGCCCCAAAUUCAAGAUGCCAUCUAUUGCUGGUCCAAAGGUUUCUAUGCCUGAUGUGGAUUUUAACUUGAAAGGGCCAAAAAUGAAAGGUGAUGUUGACAUCUCUCUUCCAAAAGUUGAAGGAGACAUUAAAAUGCCUGAUGUGGAUAUCAAGGGGCCAGAACUUGACAUGGAAGUACCUGAAGGAAAAAUUAAGGGCCCAAAACUGAAGAUUCCAUCAGUAUCUGGUCCUGAAGCUCCUAACAUUGAGGUUAAUAUUCCAGAACCAAAUGUGAAAAAGUCAAAGUUCAAGAUGCCAAAAUUUAAAAUGCCAAAAUUUGGUUUUAAGUCACCCAAAGGAGAUAUUGAUGUUAGUGUGCCUAGUAGUGAUGUCAGUAUAAAAUCACCAGACAUUGACAUCAAAACUCCUGAUCUAGACAUUGAGGGACCUGAAGGGAAAAUCAAAGGUCCCAAGUUCAAAAUGCCUUCUAUGUCUGGUCCAAAGAUCUCUAUGCCAGAUGUAGACUUCAACAUGAAAAGUCCGAAAGUCAAGGGUGAUAUAGAUGUCUCUGGACCCAAGAUUGCAGGUGACAUAAAUGUUCCAAAAAUGGACAUUGAAGGUCCUGAUGUUAAUAUAGAGGGCCCAGAAGGUGGCUUGAAGAUGCCCAAGUUCAAAAUGCCAUCAUUCGGACUCAAGGGCCCUAAAGUGGAAGGCCCAGAUCUUGACAUUAAUCUCCCAAAAGCAGAUGUUGAUCUUAAAGGACCUGAAAUUGACAUCAAAACUCCUGAUCUUGACAUUGAGGGGCCUGAGGGGAAAAUCAAAGGUCCCAAGUUCAAAAUGCCUUCCAUGUCUGGUCCAAAGAUCUCUAUGCCAGAUGUAGACUUUAACCUGAAAGGUCCAAAACUCAAAGGUGAUGUUGACAUAAAUGUUCCAAAAGUGGACAUUGAAGGUCCUGAUGUUAAUAUAGAGGGCCCAGAAGGUGGUUUUAAGAUGCCAAAGAUGAAAAUGCCAUCAUUUGGACUCAAGGGUCCUAAAGUAGAAGGCCCAGAUGUUGACAUUAAUCUCCCAAAAGCAGAUGUUGAUGUUAAAGGACCUGAUAUUGACUUUGAAACUCCUGAUCUUGACAUUGAGGGACCUGAGGGCAAAAUCAAAGGUCCCAAGUUCAAAAUGCCUUCCAUAUCUGGCCCAAAGAUCUCUAUGCCAGAUGUUAACUUAAAUCUUAAAAGCCCCAAAGUCAAAGGUGAUAUGGAUGUUUCUGGACCGAAAAUUGCAGGGGACAUAAAGGCUCCAAAAGUGAACAUUGAAGGUCCUGAUGUUGAUAUAGAGGGCCCAGAAGGAGGCUUCAAGAUGCCCAAAAUAAAAAUGCCAUCAUUUGGACUUAAAGGUCCCAAAAUGGAGGGCCCAGAUGUUGACAUCAAUUUCCCAAAAGCAGAUGUUGAUCUUAAAGGACCUAAAAUGGACAUCAAAACUCCUGAUCUUGACAUUGAGGGACCUGAAGGGAAAAUCAAAGGUCCUAAGUUCAAAAUGCCUUCUAUAUCUGGUCCAAACAUCUCCAUGCCAGAUAUAGACUUUAACCUAAAAGGUCCCAAACUCAAAGGUGAUGUUGAUGUUUCCGUUCCCAAAUUGGAAGGAGAUAUUAAAGGUCCAAAAGUCAAGGGUGAUAUAGAUGUCUCUGGGCCCAAGAUUGAAGGUGACAUAAAGGCUCCAAAAUUGGACAUUGAAGGUCCUGAUGUUGAUAUAGAGGGUCCUGAGGGUGGUUUUAAGAUGCCAAAGUUCAAAAUGCCAUCAUUCGGACUCAAGGGUCCAAAAGUGGAGGGUCCAGAUGUUGAUGUGAAAAUCCCUAAGGCUGAUAUUGAGGUUAAGGCACCAGAUCUGGAAAUUAAAGCUCCAGAGCUUGACAUUGAAGGACCUGACGGAAAAAUGAAGGGCCCCAAAUUCAAGAUGCCAUCAAUCUCCGGUCCAAAGAUUUCCAUGCCAGAUGUUGACUUCAACCUGAAAGGACCAAAACUGAAAGGUGAUGCUGAUGUAUCAGUUCCAAAAGUUAAAGGAGACAUUAAAGCACCAGAAGUAGAUAUCAAGGGCCCAGAGCUUGACAUUGAUGGACCUGAGGGAAAAAUCAAGGGCCCCAAAUUUAAGAUGCCAUCUAUCUCUGGUCCAAAGAUUUCUAUGCCAGAUGUUGACUUCAACCUGAAAGGACCAAAACUGAAAGGUGAUGCUGAUGUGUCCAUUCCUAAAGUGGAAGGAGAUAUUAAAGGACCAAAAGUUGAAAUUGAAGGCCCAGACCUUGAGGGUCCUGAGGGUGGUUUUAAGAUGCCAAAGAUCAAAAUGCCAUCAUUUGGAUUUAAAGGUCCUAAAAUUGAGGGCCCAGAUGUUGACAUCAAUCUCCCAAAAGCAGAUGUUGAUGUUAAAGGACCUGAAAUUGACAUCAAAGCUCCUGAUCUUGACAUUGAGGGACCUGAUGGGAAAAUCAAAGGUCCCAAGUUCAAAAUGCCUUCCAUAUCUGGUCCAAAGGUCUCUAUGCCAGAUGUUGACUUCAACCUGAAAGGUCCAAAAUUCAAAGGUGAUGUUGAUGUUUCCAUUCCAAAAGUGGAAGGAGAUAUUAAAGCACCAAAAGUAGAAAUUGAAGGCCCAGACCUUGAAGGUCCUGAGGGUGGUUUUAAGAUGCCAAAGUUCAAAAUGCCAUCAUUUGGACACAAGGGUCCAAAAGUGGAGGGUCCAGAUGUUGAUGUAAAAAUCCCUAAAGCUGAUUUUGAGGUUAAGGUGCCAGAUGUGGAUAUGAAGGCUCCAGAGCUUGACAUUGAAGGACCUGAGGGAAACAUCAAAGGCUCCAAAUUCAAGAUGCCAUCAAUCUCCGGUCCGAAGAUUUCCAUGCCAGAUGUUGACUUCAACCUGAAAGGUCCAAAACUGAAAGGUGAUGUUGAUGUAUCAGUUCCAAAAGUUAAAGGAGACAUUAAAGCACCAGAAGUAGAUAUCAAGGGCCCAGAGCUUGACAUUGAGGGACCUGAGGGAAAAAUCAAGGGCCCCAAAUUCAAGAUGCCAUCAGUCUCUGGUCCAAAGAUUUCUAUGCCAGAUGUUGACUUUAACCUGAAAGGUCCAAAACUGAAAGGUGAUGUUGACAUGUCUGUUCCGAAAUUGGAAGGAGAUAUUAAAGGACCGAAAGUUGAAAUUGAAGGUCCAGACCUUGAGGGACCUGAGGGUGGUUUUAAGAUGCCAAAGAUCAAAAUGCCAUCAUUUGGAAUUAAAGGUCCCAAAGUGGAGGGCCCAGAUUUUGACAUCAGUCUCCCAAAAGCAGAUGUUGAUGUUAAAGGACCUGAAAUUGACAUCAAAACUCCUGAUCUUGACAUUGAGGGUCCUGAGGGGAAAAUCAAAGGUCCCAAGUUCAAAAUGCCUUCCAUAUCUGGUCCAAAGAUCUCUAUGCCUGAUGUUAACUUAAAUCUUAAAGGCCCCAAAGUCAAGGGUGAUAUGGAUGUUUCUGGACCAAAGAUUGCAGGGGAAAUAAAUGCUCCAAAAGUGGACAUUGAAGGUCCUGAUGUUAAUAUAGAGGGCCCAGAAGGUGGCUUGAAGAUGCCCAAGUUCAAAAUGCCAUCAUUCGGACUCAAGGGUCCUAAAGUGGAAGGCCCAGAUCUUGACAUUAAUCUCCCAAAAGCAGAUAUUGAUGUUAAAGGACCUGAAAUUGACAUCAAAACUCCUCAUCUUGACAUUGAGGGACCUGAUGGGAAAAUCAAAGGCCACAAAUUCAAGAUGCCAUCUAUCUCUGGUCCAAAGAUUUCUAUGCCAGAUGUUGACUUCAACCUGAAAGGUCCAAAACUCAAGGGUGAUGUUGAUGUGUCUGUUCCAAAAGUGGAAGGAGAUAUUAAAGCACCAAAAGUGGAAAUUGAAGGUCCAGACCUUGAGGGUCCUGAGGGUGGUUUUAAGAUGCCAAAAAUCAAAAUGCCAUCAUUUGGACUUAAAGGUCCUAAAGUUGAGGGCGCGGAUGUUGAUAUCAGUCUCCCAAAAGCAGAUAUUGAUGUUAAAGGACCUGGAAUGGACAUUAGAACACCUGAUCUUGACAUUGAAGGACCUGAAGGGAAAAUCAAAGGUCCCAAGUUCAAAAUGCCUUCCACAUCUGGUCCAAAGAUCUCUAUGCCAGAUGUCAACUUAAAUCUAAAAGGCCCUAAAGUCAAGGGUGAUCUGGAUGUUUCUGGACCAAAGAUAACAGGUGACAUAAAUGCUCCAAAAGUGGACAUUGAAGGUCCUGAUGUUGAUAUACACGGCCCAGAAGGUGGAGUAAAAAUGCCAAAAAUCAAAAUGCCAUCAUUUGGACUGAAAGGUCCUAAAGUGGAUGGUCCAGAUGUUGACAUCAAUCUCCCAAAAGCUGAUUUUGAUAUCAGAGGACCUGAAAUUGAUGUUAAUGCCCCUGAUCUUGAUAUUGAGGGAACUGAGGUGGGUUUAAAACAUGUUAAGUUCCCAAAAUUUAAAGGGCCCAACUUUGGAGUAAAGUCUUCCGGUGGCAGUCUUUCAGUACCCGAAAAAGAUAUUAAGGCGAACCUUGAUGUCAAAAGCCCUGAUGUCAACAUUAGUGGACCAGAUGCAAACAUCAAGGUGCCAAAAACAAAGAAGUCAAAAUUUUCUCUUGGAGUUAAGAGCCCAAAAUUGGAUGCAGAUAUUCCUGAUGCUGGUGGUAGUUUAGAAGGACCUGAUAUGAACAUAGAUGUGAAGGGAAAGAAAGGUAAAUUCAAACUGACUAAAGGGAAAGGGAAGUCUAAAACCUUUGAUGGUGAUAUGAAGACUGAAAUUGUCAAGUUGGAGACAAAUGAACCUGAUGUACAGUUGAAGUCAACCAAAGUAAAGAAACCCUUUUUUGGAAAGUUACAUUUUCCUGAUGUAGAAUUUGAUAUCAAAUCUCCAAAAGUUAAAGGUAGUUUAUCUGGUUCUGGAACUAUAAAAUCAUCUGAUAUUGAUUUGCCAUCUGCAAGCCUUAAAGCUGACAUUCAGACACCAGAUGCUAGUUUGGACAGUCCAAAUUUAAAAACAAAAGGGGAGAAAAUAAAAAUGCCAAAAAUCAGCAUCUCUGGCGCUAAAUCAAAAACACCUGAACUGGAUGUUAGAGGUGCAACAUUGGAUUCCCCAGAUGUCAGUGUAGCAGGAUCCGGCAUUAAUGGAAAAGGCAGUGUUAAAAUGGAUAUGGGAGGAAAAAUGCAAGAUGUUGAUUUGACAUUGCCUUCUGUAAAUGUCCGUGGUGUGGCUUUAGAUGCUGAUUCAAAUCUCACUGAACAAAAAGGUGUAAAAGGGAGCAUUGAAAUACCAGGCUUUAAUGUGAGGGGACAAAAGGUAGAGGCUGCAGGUGGGUUUGGCAUGAAGUCAGAUGCAUCAUUAUCUGGGGUUGAGUACCAAGAAGGUAAUGUAACCUUUCAGAUGAAAAUACCAAAAUUUGGUGUUGCAUUGCCUAAAGUAGAAGGGAGAGAGAUGGGAGUAGAUGUAGGUUCAGGUGAAUUGUCUGCUGGUGCUAAAGUUAGUUCCCAAAAUCUAGAAAUGCAGAGCGCUGAUAUGAAAAGCAGUGGUGGAAAAGUGAAAGUCAAAAUGCCAAAACUAUUUGCCAAAACUAAAUCUAAAGGUGGCAGUGCAGCUGAUCUUACUGUUGAGGGAGAUGAUGCUGAUCUUACAGCUAAAGGUGGUGCAAAUGUGUCUAAGGAGUUGAGUCUUAGUUCUGGGGAAUUGACAAGUGGCAAGUUGGCAGUAGAAGGAAGCUCUGGAUUUAAAGUUUCACCAAAGAGUAAAUCUGCCUCCCUUGACCUCUUCAAAAAAUCACGACAUCACUCAUCCUCUAUAAGUGAUGAGGGAGGUUUAGCUUCCCCUGUUUCUACUGAAGGGCACUUAGAGGCUGAGGGUGGCAACAUUUCAAUAGAUGCUGGAGAAACAAAGGUUAAAGGCAAAAAAGGAAAGUUGAAGUUUGCUACAAUUGGAGGUUUUAGCUCAAAAAGUAAAGGUUCAUAUGAAGUGACAGAUGAAAGUGAGGUUAGGAUUGAGGGUGCUGGUGGAAUUGCUCAGCCUUUAAAGAAGUCCAGAAUGUCAUCGUCAUCUAGCAGUGAUAGUGGUUCAAAAGGUAGUUUUCGGUUCCCACAACUCGAAAUUGCCGUUUCGCAAAAGAAAUAGUUUUUAUACUAGUAUCUAUACACAAUACAUUCACAUAAACUAUCUUUUUUUUUUUUUUUUUUCUCAGUCUAAAUGACUAUGUAAAUCUGUCUUUCAUUUAAACAAUAGUGCACUGUUUCAUCAAUUUCCACAAAUGUCCUUUACAGGAAUUGAUAUUUUUUGAAUCACAAUUUAACUGUAAAUAAGAGAAAUCUGUUAUGUAAUUUUAAUUCUUUUGUUUUGUAGAUAGGAAAUACAAGUCCAAUCCAGCAAUGUGUGUAGUUAAUAUAAAAAGUUCUGCAUCCAACUUUGAGUUGUCAUCUGAUAACUUGUUAUAUUUUUGUACCUUUUGAAAGUUUUGGGUCUCUUGUCCUUUCUAAAAUUGUCUGGAUACAUUUACACACAAGAGGCAUGAUUUUAGUUACAUUUGAAAAGAUUUUAUGACUUCAGCUUCAUUUAUAUAAUUAGUGAUGUUAUCAUAUGUACUCAUCACAGAUGAAUAACUAAUUUCAGCAGUGAUAAACCAGAUAUCAUUUGUAAGCACAAUGAAGUUUAAUGGCUGUACAAACUGUAAAUAAAUUGAUUCAAAAUAGAUACAUGGGAUAACAUAACGUUGUCUUCCAAAUAAUAUGACAGUUCAGAUAUUAUGGAAUUUAUACAGAGAUUAUAAUCUUCUAAAGUAUUUAUAUCUAAGACUGUCUUUUUCAGUGAUUGAUUGAAUCUUUUUAAAUGCACACCAGCACUGUUACUUGCUUUGAUUUUUAAUGGUUUCUAAGGCAUUUUUUUCUUGGUUAUAUCUUCCACAUUUCUUUACAUCCAGUUGACUCUCUCUCUUCCUCUCACUAAAUUUAUGAAAUGUCGUGCUGUCAUGUGGUGAUAUAACUACAGGAAUGCUAAUGCCAAUGGUUAAACAUUAAUAUUUUGAAAAGGCAUAAAUGUGCAUUGCCCUUGUAAAUAAUGGGACAUUUAGGCUUCGAGUUUCUAACUCUUUUUCUUGUAUCAGUUGCAAAAAAUCUAAAUAAAGUGAUCAACCCUCAA